CGUAAAGCAGUGUCCAAUAGAGAGAAUUUCUAAGUAGAUAUGAUAGAAAACCUUGCCGCUAAGUUAUGUUUACUUUUGCCGGAAAAAGCGCACUCAGCUGAACAAUGGAAAUUAUUGGGUCAAGAGAAGGAUGGAUCUUUAUUAAUUGGAUGGACAGAGGAAACUGUGGAGAACGAUGUAAGCAGAUCAUAUACUGUUGUAGGCCAUUACGACCGGAUUAAUGAUAAGUUACAAGUGUUGCACCAAUUCUCAGAGGUAUUAAACAUUGUCCAAGCCACAAUAAAUCAAUGCCGUACCAUUUUUGGAUAUAUAACAAAACAGAGUGUGCCUAUAGACAUGACUACAGAAUCUGUAGAACCUUUUGAAACUACAGAAGAAAAAGAUCAGAGUAUCCCAACUGAGGUUGAAAUGUAUGAAGCAUUCAUAGUUGAGUUAAAGGGAAAAGAAGUAAAAGUUCAUAGCUUGGAUACAAAGAGAACUAAACAAGUGAGAAUUCAAUUUUUGUAUAAAGAAAAAGAACAUAGACAGUGGGACAAAUUUUUAUUAUUAAUUCAUCAAGAAUGUAUUACAAUAUAUACCAUAGAGUUUGACACAUCUGUAUUAGAACUUCAUCCAAUACAGGAGUUAAAAUCUGAAUCACUAGUUAAAGCAUUUAUUUGGGCUCAAUGGGACAUGGUAAAUCAGGUUUUAUAUCAUAUACAUCACAGAAAAAUUCCAUUGAGUUUAGUUUCUGAGGAUGAUGAUGAAGAAAAAGAAAAUAAAUCAGUAAGAACCAAUCCAACUCUAAGUGGUCUCCAAUUUCAUGAUGAUUUACCACAUGAGACAGUGUUAAAUAUACCACUGAAUUUACCUCAAUUAUCAACUGCUUCCAAUUGUGGCACUUAUGAGGAUGAUGUUAUACCUUUAAGAGUUCACGACUGUUCUCUAGAUCUCAUUGUGGUGUCUGACACUAAAGGAAUGGUCUGUGUUUGCCACCAUUAUUUAUAUCGUCCAGUAAAACCACAGCAGCAUGUACUUAAUUCAUUGAACGAAUCUAAUACAGUACAUUUCGCAUAUUCUGUAACGCUUCUUCAUCACAGUUGUGUGAUCCAUUGUGUUAUACCUGGCAUACCAUGGGCUCACGCAAAACUUAUACGGCCAACGUUCGCUAUAUACCAACAUCAUCACAUGAUCGUACUGGUACAAGGUUUAUUCACUCAUCUCCUCGAAAUUGGAACGAAUCACGAACCGUGUUGUCACAUAUUGUGCGGUCCUUUGACCUCCAUUCCAUCUCGUUCUUCUUAUUUGGUACCGCUACUUGAAUUCGAGAACAAUAGCAAAACAAGCAAAAAGAAGUACGAUACAGCUUCUCUAGAAGGAUGUAGUGCAUCUCAAUCUAACGUGAACAUACUAACAAUAGACUUACCCACAUUGGACCUAGUACAAUUAACUAUCUCAUCUGACUUUCUUACCGAAGUGUUUCGCAAAGAGACCUCGACGGAAGUACGCUUAGGAAUACUGCAUUACUUUCUGAGUCACAGACACGAUCUGGAUAUUAUUUCAGAAUUAAUAUGUACAAUCGCAGAGAAACCUAGAUCGUUGGAAAUGGUUCGAUACAUGCAGGAAAUUCUUAUCGGUGGCUCGUACGCUUUAGUGCAGAAAAAUUUAUUAGCAGACGCUAUACCGUUGUUAGCAUUGUUACCAGUCACGACUAUGGAAGAGUACGUAAGCUUCGAGAUCAAAGUGAACAAUUUAAGCAUAACGUUAAGUCACGAAAAGCUUUGGAACACGUCUGUAAUGUUACUUUCGCCGCAACAAAGGUUGAUACCGUACCGCAGUGAUCUGUGGACUAGAUUAUGGGAUCAUCUGAGUAAAAAUAAUGGGGAUAAAGCGAGAUUUAAGCCGAGUAAAAUCGCUGAGAAAUUGUUGGUCUCUUUAGCAUGUUACCAACCUGAAGCACUAUCCAGAUCCAGCACUCCAAUGUCUCCAAGUGGAGGAUUAGUUGUGGCUACAGUAUCGCUCGGAGACUUAACUGGUUGCCGUAGUAAUAAAUUAUUAGACUCUGGUUUGCCAUUCAACGAAACGGAAAGUUGUACAGCAUCGAAGCAGGAACAUAUUGUGUCUGUAAAUUUAAGAGAAUUAUCUAUGUACCUCUUGAAACAUGGUACACAGACAUCGAUAUCACAUGUUCAAGGAGCGUGCACGCCAUUACACGUUCACGCUAUGGCGACCAGGCAUGUAGCGGCACAAUUGGAAACUUCACGGGCUCUUUGUCAAAUGUUAUGUCGAGCUGCUAGCGUGGAUCCACGACUCGAACAAGAACGCGGCUUCGUCCUUGUAGAUCAAUUGGACGAGGCACGACGAUGGUUGUUGUUUGUAUUAUUGGAACGCUAUAGAUGCGCUAUAGAAAGUAUAGCGUUCCCAGCGCCACAAGGAUUUACAUCGUUUUUUACUUAUCUUGGAUACAGAACGUUAAAGUAUUCUAUGUUUCUACAAUAUGUACAACGAUCAGUAUUUGAGUUACAAGUUGAUGUCAGCAAAAUCAUCAUGGCUGAUAUUAGUGAUACAAGAGAAAAUGCCAUUCGUAAAUUAACUUUAUUGUCUUUACUACCGAGAUCAAGAGCGAAACGACUUCUAAAUCAAUGGUUACAUCCUGUAAGCUUUAUGCUGAGAGCUCGUGAACACGCGGCGAAUAUCUUAUCCGGCGAGAUAUGCCAAAAUCGUGGUAGAACAUUGCAGCAUAGAAAUCACCAUAAUGGUUUGGCUGCGUUUCCAUCAGCGGACCGUUUAUCUCCGUUAGAUACAUUUCUUGAUCUUCUUACAGCAAAAGCUAGUCUAACAGAGCUAGAUUUUGGCCUGCUUAUAGAGGCUACAGUAACAUCCACAGAAGAUUUCUUGUAGGUAAAUGUGUUUCAGUUGUUUCCCAGAUUCAUUUAUAAUCAAAAAAAGUAGUGCAAAUAAUCAUCCAAAAGUGCAAAGUGCCAUUAAUAUCUUCCAAGUAUUUACUAUUUAUGAAUAUGUAGUUUUAACCGUAUUUUAUACAUC